AUUGAAUCUCCUCGAGAUCUGCUCGUUUGAUGGGCUUCUUCAACCAGUGCUCUGGCGCAACAGUUGCCGCCGUACCUGAAACCACCCACCUUUUCCGGUAAUCCCGAAAGCAAUAACCCUGACAGAAUGAUAAGGACAUGACGCCAUGAAACAUAAAGGCUCGAACCAAGUCUUCUCCCCACAGCAUGACGCCAUGUCCACGCACUGAAAGGCGGUGCAUCAGAACAGCAAAAAUGGCCAGGAAGACUCAGUUAUAAUAUCAUUGGGAAUGUGCACUUUUUCAAAAUAGCCAUCUUUUGAUACUCGUCAUCGAGCCCACCACAGACAGUAUACUCUCCAAUAUGCCAGAUUCAGUAGUUCAAUUGCUCUGCGGUGUCAAGAAUGACCCGUGGGGCAAGAAGGGGAAAGAUUCCCUUGCGGGUGUGCUCUGGUCGAAGACCCCUGGGGCCGGGGAGGUCGAUGAUUCAAAAACCUAUUCCGAGAUGUGGAUGGGCACAUACCCUACCGUUCCUUCCAAGAUCCUGUCCACAGGUCAGCUUCUCAGCGACUAUCUGAAGGAGAACCCGGAGGUCGUGGGCAAAUCGGCGUUGGACAAAUGGGGUCCGGAGGUGCCUUUCCUCCCCAAGAUUCUAUCUUUCUCCAAGGCGCUUCCUCUGCAGUUGCACCCGGACAAGGCUCUGUCGGAGAAGCUUCACCAGGAGGACCCGGACAAGUACGGCGACCCCAACCACAAGCCGGAGAUUGCCAUCGCACUCUCGAAGUUCGAACUCUUUGCAGGUUUCAAGCCUCUCGCCGACAUCGAACAGAUCAUGAAAGUGAAGCCUCUCGACCAGUUCGUGCCCCCCGGUCAAACAUCCGGACUGGAUGACGAGUUGCUCCGCGAGAUCUGCCGGAUCCUAUUGACCUUGCCCCCCACCAUUGUUGCGGAGACCGUCCAGGAGCUAUUGGAGAUUCCCGAGACUCGAUUCGGCCCCAAUCAGCGGUAUAUCCCUGGACUGCUCGACCGGUUACGCAAGCAGUAUCCGGAGACCGACAAUGGGAGCUUGGUGGCUGUGCUCUUGAUGAACUACAUGACGCUGGGGCCCGGCGAGGCCGUGUGUGUCCCGGCGGAUAGUAUCCAUGCGUACCUGCACGGCGACAUCAUGGAGUGCAUGGCCCGGUCGGAUAAUGUGAUCAACACGGGCUUCUGCCCUAAGGCUGAGAAGGACAGUGUCGAUCUGUUCACUCACGCGUUGUCAUUCAAGCCGCACAGCGCAGACGAGGCAGUCUUGCCGCGACGGAAGAGCGACAAGGGGGAGUACUACAAGACGGAAGUAUAUGCCCCACCGUUCAGCGAGUUCAACGUUCUGGGCACCAGUCUGGGGGCGGGCGAGAAGGAGACCUACAAGCCAGUCGGUGGCCCUAGUCUGCUUAUCGUGACUAAGGGCAGUGGCCAAAUGAGCGUGGUCGGUGAGGACGAGAAGAAAUUUGACCUCCGUGAGGGUUAUACAUACUAUAUCGGGGCCGGGGUGGCCGUGGAGCUGCGUACCGAGAAGGGGAUCGCAGUAUACCGUCCUUAUGCGGAGUAAGCUCAUGCAGGGGCAAGGCGUUGAGGAGUGGAAAUCUGUGUCGAUAGUCAUACUAAGAGCGAUCAUGGUAAUGUGUG